CUGAACCCUAAAGACUAGCAUUAUUUUCCAGGAAAAAUGGAGCACUCAAUCUUCGGGGCAUGGGAUUAUGUCAUAAUAGCGGCAACCUUAAUAAUUUCUAGUGCUAUAGGAGUGUACUACCGCUUCAGUGGAGGGAAACAAAAAACGAAUGAGGAGUUUUUACUGGCGGACCGAAACAUGUCUAUAAUGCCAGUCGCAGUAUCUCUGAUGGCUUCCUUUAUGUCAGCCAUCUCCUUACUAGGAGGAUCAUCAGAAACCUACACUUAUGGCAUUAUGUUUAUACUUAUAAACCUUCCCUACGGCUACGGCACACCAAUCGUAACAAAACUGUACUUACCAGUAUUUUUCGGCCUUCAAAAAACAAGUACUUACGAGUAUUUGGAGCUGCGAUUUGGACGUUAUAUACGAAUGCUUACAUCUUUAACAUACACCUUGCAAAUGGUGUUGUAUAAUGGCGUUGUUCUCUACGCGCCAGCUAUUGCUCUAGAAGCAGUUACAGGACUUGAUAGACUGAUAUCUAUAUUAGUAGUUGGGUUAUCUUGUACCCUUUACGCAACUUUGGGAGGUAUGAAAGCUGUGGUGAUCACGGACGUUCUGCAGUCUGCGCUCAUGAUUGUAGCAGUUUUGAGCGUUACCGUAUUCUGUUCCAUACAGCUUGGAGGCUUUGAACAGAUUUUUAUUAUCGCUCGAGAAGGUGGACGCCUGGAUUUUUCGAAUAUCAGCAUAAGACCAACGGAGAGACACACGUGGUGGUCGCUGAACAUCGGUGGUCUGAUCAACUAUUUGUCGCUCUACGCAGUCAAUCAGACACAGGUCCAACGCCUGCUAACAGUGAGCUCGCUGAAGCGCUCGCAAGCUUGCCUGUGGUGGAGCUGGCCGGUGCUCGCCUUCAUGAGUUUUUGCAGCUGUCUCGCUGGUAUCGCCAUGUACGCCGUGUACAAGGACUGUGACCCGCUCACGUCAGGCAGCAUCACUGCUAUGGAUCAACUUAUGCCAUACUACGUGGUGGACUCUAUGCGCAGAAUACCGGGCAUCUUAGGUCUGUUCGUGGCCGGUAUAUUCAGCGCCACUCUAUCCACUGUGUCUUCUUCCUGCAACUCCCUGGCUGCUGUCACAUUGACUGAUUAUAUGGGCAAGUAAGGCAUAUGGUGUUGCCACGUCCACAAGUCCUAUAUCCCCUGGCUGACAAAGCUGACGGCCUGCGUGUACGGCCUCGUGUUUCUCGGCGUGGCAUUUAUCGCCGAGCACUUGGGAGGCGUGCUGCAGGCGGCGCUGACGAUAUUUGCUGUCGUGGGUGGUCCGGUGCUGGGCGUGUUUACGCUUGGCAUGUUUACUACCUUCGCUAACGAAGCCGGCGUCUGCACAGGCUUAAUCAGCGGACUGGUAUUGACGUUGUGGAUAAAUUUUGGAAGACCUCGGCCUUCCCUUACUCGGCUACCUGUUAGUGUGGAGGGAUGUGUCGGUAACAUCACUCUACCGGUGGUGCCAGAAGUCAAUCAUGGAGACUUCUUCUACCUUUACAGGCUGUCUUACUUGUGGACUAGUCCGAUCGGUUUAGUCUGCGUGCUGGUAGUAGGUUCUGUGGUGUCCCUGCUGUGGAGACACCAGCAGCCGUGGCAGCGUGCUGGGCGCACCCAUCCUGACCCCGCGCUUUUCACACCUCCGCUCGCCAAAAGGCUUCGGCGAAGUCAGGCGGAAAAGUCAGAUAUUCAAAUACAUCAAGUGGACACAUUACCUUCGGCAUCGGCAAAGUAAAGUGGAGACUGCUUAGUCAGUGCCAGUACGAGUGCGCUUGCGCCAGUGUACCACUGCGCGUUCUGUCAUCUUGUUCAUGUGCCUGUGUUUAAGCUAAGUGUAGUUAGAUAUAUUAUAGGGUACAAUUUUGUAAAAUCAAAACUUAUAAAUAUAUUUGUUUUAUUGACCGGACGGAAACGUACACUGACAGUUCUGUUAUAUCUACCGAUAAUUAUCUCAUUGGUUCGCUAUUCACAUAAAGUUUUAUCUCGGAGAAAGGCGACUUUGUUUUUAUUAUGUUCCUAGGUUUGAUAUACUCGUACGGUCGUACCUAAUGACUGUACUUGAACUAACGCAAAUUUUUCGAUGAAGCAUUUAAUAUUGUUAUCUAAUAAGGCGUAAUAAUAGAUAGUUUACCAUAUUAUCAUAUAUCUGAUGCAAAUAUUCAAGGUCAUAUCUGGAACUUGUGACACUCAUGCAGAAAACGUUUUGUAAAGAUAAACGUAUAUUAAAGAAAACUACGUAGUCAAAAUAGUAAAAACGCCUUUAUAUUACCUUAAUUAUUAAUUAUGCUUACAUUUAUUUGAAUGCAGCGUGCAAUAGUAAAAUAGUAAGUUAAGCAGAUAAAAAUCCUUCAGGGCGUUUGGUGAGUUCCUCUAAACGACGACGUAAGUAUGUGUUCUAAAACAAAAGAAAAAUAAAACUGCUUUAGCUUGUAUAUUUUAAUGAACACUACUAUUAUUGUUUAGGUGACUACCAGCUGAACACCCGAAAAUAUUAUUCCUGCCAAAAAGCAAAGCUGUUUAUAAUUAAAAA